CGUGGUUUUUGCAUCCAGUGACUGUAGAAAAUAAAGAUCUGAAGUGAGACAACAGAAUCAGGAAGAAGGAAGCUAGUCCCAGGGUGGGAAUAAACUGUGGUGGCCGCGUACAUAUGCUGUUCACAUUUCAUCUCAGCUGCACUAUUUCCACGCUCAUAUCUGGAAGCUGCCCACGACAACCCAAAGCUGGCCGCUAGGCAACGCCACUGCAGCCACUGAGACUGGUGGGUUGAUGGCUGCUUGUACCCUCUUUCUGCGGCUGCCAAAGCUGCGCUAUGUACCAUGCUUGAGGAAAGCUCGAAGUGUUUACAACAAACCAGAGAAUGAAAUAGUUGAGCAGGAUGGGAAGAGAGCGACGUUAAAACAUCGGGAAACCUCUUCCCAAGGAGACAACAGGCUGUGUUCCAAUCCUUCCUUGUACCUUCAUCCUGUAAGGAGCUCAAGAACCUUCCAGAGCCAUAUAGCUGAUGACGAUGAUGAGUCAUAUACCCCACAGUAUCAGUCCAACUCAAAAAACACACAACCAGUACCUACAGAUGUUAAAAUGCAAACACGGGCCUUCACCAGAUCUCGGAUGGAGUAUGCUUCCAUAACUCUUGACCUCAAUGAGCGGCCUCCACCAAUAGGAUGGGAACAAGCUGAGAUGUGGCUUCAGAAAGUGCCCGUUUUAAAGAAUACCAUGAAAGCAUCUGACGUGUGUCUCAUUCUUGCAGAGCUAAGCUGCUGCGACCCUGACAAGCUGUUGUUAUUGAAGACGGACCAACGUUUCAUCACGCUUAUACGGUACUGUUUUGAAAACCUGCGCCGCUUCACUGAAAUUCAGUUGCUUGAUGUGCUGCAGUCAUUUGUGUGGCUGCAGCUGCCCUCUGACCACUUUAUUCUGAACGUGCACGAGAAUGAGAUAAGCCAACGGGUAAACUGCAUGAGCCUACACCAGCUACUUUUGGCUGCUGAUUUGUGGCGCUGCAUUGGCAGGAGGGUUCCUCAGUUUUUAAAGCACCUGUAUGACUCAGUCAAUUUGUAUUGGGAAAAUAUGGGAGUCUCUGAGUUUGUCCAUUUCUUGUAUAUAAUGGGGGAAGGUAGGCAUUGCCCAACAGACUUGAUUGCACCUGUAGAGAAGGUUCUUAUGCACCAUCUUGAAAAGCUAAAACCUGAGGAGGUGGGCGCUAUUUGCAUAGGGCUCUUUAAAUCCAAGUCAUCACUUUCUAUGGAUGCAGUGACUCGUCUUGUUGAUAAGGCGCACUCCUUUGUGGAGGAGAUGAGUGAUUUUGCUAUGGUGAAUGUGCUGAAAUACCUUCGUUUCACUUACCUGUAUCACAAUGACUGGAUGAAUGCUAUGAUGCAAGAGGUGCCUCGACGGGCUCAAAAAAUGGAUGUAAAGGGUCUGAUGCAUGUGGUGCUGACUUGCUCAGCACUGCAUUACCGCAAUGAGCAUAUCCUUAGAGCUGUUGCUGACAACAUGAUGCCGCUGGUGCCACUCUGUCGGAGUAAAGACGCAGGCAAACUCCUGUGGUCCUUUGGCACGGUGAGAUUUAUCCCACCGAACCCAAAUUUCUACGCAAGUCUUACAGAUGCACUGAGACAGAGGAAAGAUGAAUUUGAACAAUACCCAGAACAUCUUCUUACGGGUCUCCUCGGCCUUGCCUUUGUGUCUCAGUUUCCAGAAGAUUUAAUUGCUUUAGCUUUGAGCCCUGCUUUUGUCAGCUUAGCACUGAACUGCGCAAAGCUGGAUCUCAGAAAGGAUUUCUUCACGUUAGAUGGAACUGUGGCUCUGGAGUUGCCUCAUUGGGUUGGGCCACGACUAAACGGUGAACUGAGGGCAGAAGUGGCAGAAAUGCUGUGGAAAAAUGCUCAGUCAACUGUGUGUCAGAAAGAAGAGACUCUGGAGGCAGAGUUCGGACUACAAGAACUUCUUGGGGGUAAAAAGUUUGUAAUGAAGCGAAUGAUUCUCCCCCACACUCGUUCCAUCGAUCUGGAAGUACAUCUGGAUUCCACUGGACAGCCAAUACCUGUAAAUAUAACAGGCAAUAAAGUCACAGCAUCUCCAGAGAACAGUUUAUCCAAAAGUUCUUCUCCGCAAGAUUGGGAAAGAAUGAACACAGGAGUAACUUUAAGUGAUGCAUUUAUAGCACAACUUACAAAUAGCAAAAAGGUUACAGGACCUCAAACCCCAUCUCUUGCAUGUCAGUCAGUGCUUCUUCCCAGAGUUGAUCCUGAUGAGGAUGCGAAGCUCUUUAACAGUGAGCUGGACCUGGCUCAUGGCAUUACACAUGCCCUUACUAAACAAAGUGGUUUGAGAUGUGACAACUACAGAGCACCAGUCAAACUUGCAAUCCAGCUCUCCAGCAGAAACCACUACUGCUAUCAUUCACAGUACUUGCUGGGCUUCCAUGCACUGAAGAGGAGGCAGCUCAAGUUGGCUGGCUACAGGGUUGUGGUGCUCAACUAUCGUGACUGGUUACCCCUGCUGAGGAAAAGCCAUGCUGAGAAGCUCGCUUACCUCCGCAAGAAGGUCUACGGCAAUCUGAAAUGAUCCAGUCUGACCUUAAAACAGCAAAAGUCUCCAGUCAUCCUGUUGGAAUGUGGACAUAUUUUUCAUCUGGAUCCACCAUUGGCUUUUGGUGUCAUUGACUUUAUAUUUAGCUUUUCUUAUGUUCAACUUAUUUAUGAAUAAAUUGGGGCUGAAAUCUCAAGCAACACUGUU